AUGUGUCAGAGUGAAAAGGACAGACAGGCUGCAGAACGAUAUGAAAAUGAUGGAAAUCAGGAACAAGCAGAGCAGCUGGAUGACAGGAAGAUAAGGGUAGUAAAACUCAGUCAGCCCGACCCACCCAAAACACAGCAGCCAAACACAUCCAACCACGAUAUUCCUGAUCCUGACCCCGCCUUUUUCCCGCAGGCGCCUGUAGGAGACGGGGUGGACAACAGCCAGAUAGUGUUCCAGGCAGGUCAAGCAGUGGAAAAGUGUCUGUCCAGGGAAAAUAACACAAGGUAUCAUGACUCCCAUCUCGAGGAGCGUCCAAUUUCUGGUGUAGGUCCCCAAACUGUAAAUGAACGAACCGACGCCCCCGCAAAUCUCCACAGCAGCGAUGUGGUAGGUGAAGACAUCGGAGUGGGAGGAGGUGGUUUUCUGCUGCCUCCACCUUUGGUAACCGGUGUAGAUGAUGAAGAUGCACAAAGGGAGGAGGAAGAGGGCGUUGUAGGCGGUGAAGAUGGAGUACAAAACAAGGCUGGGUAUGCUUUGAGUACAUUUUAG